AUGUUAUUUAUGGGUAUUGCAUGUUUCAAUAAUUUUAUAGAAUAAUAUUGAAGUGAUUGAAUACUAUUGGUUUGGUAUCGUAUUUAAAGUAGUAUAAAUUUAAUUAUUCACAUUACUAAACGGCAUAAUUCCAAAUGUCUAGAUGAAAUAUGCUGGUGCCUUGCUGCUUAUGUAGUUUUGUGUCUAAACGAACUUAAAUGUGCCAAUGAAUGGACGGAAAUAAAGAAACUUAUAUGUGUAUAUUUUCCAGGUAAAAAUGCAGAAUGGAAUUUAUUAUAAAGAGAUAAAUACCGGCAUUCACUCCGACAUUAAUCCAAACUUCUCACCUGCCAAUGAAUUGGUGGCAUUUAAUCGUGAAAAAAUCAAUUACACUUGUGAAGGUGUUGAUCUUAUAUUAAAAGAUCGACAUAAAUAUCACGGAGGUCGAAGCGAUUGGGAUGUGCAAAAUGGAAACCAGGCGAAGUGGUCACGCAAAAAUAUCACUACGACAAUGGAAAGAUUUGAGCCUACAGGUGAUCCUCCUCCACCUCCACCUUCAUACACAUUUUUAGAUUAUGGACUUGCUGCCACCGUAGUUGCCUCGAUUAAAAAAGAAACAGAUGAUGUAAAAAUUGUAAAUCCUUUCAAUGGAACAUCAAAAGAUAUUGAGUCCCUGGGCGCUGUUGGAUCAGUAGAUCACGUUUAUUCGUACGCUUAUUAUGAGCCGCGGGUAGUGAAAUGUAAUUCAAAUAUCUUUCAUCAAAAAGAAAUAAUAGAAAAAUGUAAGAAUGAACAGAUCAGUUCCCGACGAAAUGUAUCAAAGGGGUUUCGUUUAAAAGCAAGUAGUGAGCAGAACGCAUAUUUAUCCUUGGAAGACCGUCAUAGUUAUACAACUCAUUAUGGAACAACGGAAAAUUUGUAUGAAGAAGUUAACGAAAAAAAUGGUAAACAUGUUCUUUGUGAUAAUCAUACAUCAAUAUCUGCAAAUAGCGUUAAAGAAGAAUUUUUACAAGUACAACGCAAUCACUUCCGAGUAAUAGAAGAGCUUAAUUUAUCACUGGAAACUUUUAUUAUGCCUCCUAACCUGACCUUGAACAACAUAGCGGAAACUGCAGAAAGUAUUGUGCACUGUGUAGGUGCUGAAAGCGAUUUGUCCUCUGCUGUCGAAACCUCAAAUAAAAUAUUACCUCCGAAACCUUGUAAAUCUGGUUUGAUAGGAGGACCUUUAUCUUCCUUAUCCAUAUCAGGUCAUCGCAGAAAAUUUUCAAGUACAAGCCUUGAAGAUGUUAUAGAGACUUUUCAAUCUAUGGACCUAAAAGAUAAUUCUCAAAAUUCUUCUAAUAAUGUAGAAUUUGAUGAAGAAGAUUUGGACAGCGGAUUUAGUGGUAGUGUUAUUAGUAGCGGGGCUAGCUACAAUGAAAGUUUGCGGUACAAUAAAAGUAGAGGUGCGCCACAGACACGCAGCAACGCUUUUUCUAAAAGCUCCUGUUGUUCAUCCCCACCUUCGAAUGAGUUUUCCACAAAAAAUAAUGUGACAUCUCAACAAUCUACCUCUGUAACUAAUAAACGAUGUUGCGAAAAUUUGCUCCCAAAGAAAAAAGGUCAUGAAAUAAAUUCAUUUAAUAGUUCCCAUCGUUUUUCGGAUAUGCAUCAUUUAUAUAUUCGUUCAACACCAGAAGCACUUUCAACUGAAAAUUCCUGAAGUUGUUAAUUAUUGCAACAUACUUAAAUACAAAAAUAUAAGCGCGCAUUUUUAUGAUGUAAGGAGAUUCACUUAUGUGUUAUACUUAUAUUCCACUUGAGUAUUAUUGAACUAAAAUAAGCUUAAGAAAGUAUCUAGUUGUAUGAAUGUGGAAAACUUCUGAAACCCGUAAAAGCUAUGUUUGUAUUUAAAAACAAAGUAAGUAACAAUAAGACAAUUGUUUUCCCAAAAUAAAUAAAUAAAGGGACAAAAAAAUUUGAA